UUCACACAGAGCGUCGACACCUGAUUACUAACAGCUGUUCGGGUAAAGUAAAUAAAAUAUAAACAAAUUCUUCACAAUGGCAUUUUGUAUUGCUGUAAUUGGCAAAGACAAUGCUCCGCUGUACUUGGCCACAUCGGAUGUGGAGCGUGAGCUGGAUCUGCAAUAUCAUGUUCAUGCGGCACUCGACGUUGUAGAGGAGAAAUGUGUAAUUGGCAAAGGAGCUCCCGAGUCUAAGGAACUCUAUUUGGGUCAACUGUUUUCAACAGAGAACCAUAAGAUUUAUGGCUUUGUCACUAACUCCAAAAUCAAGUUUAUUGUUGUCAUUGACUCCAGCAACAUUGCACUGAGAGAGAACGAGGUGCGCGCGAUAUUUCGUAAUUUGCACAUGCUUUACACGGAUGCUGUGUGCAAUCCUUUUUACAUUCCGGGCGAGCAAUUGACAUUUAAAAAAUUUGACCGAGCAGUGCAGAAACUAAUGAGUGGCAAUGUAUAAUGCUGUAAAAGAAGAGAGGAUCGGAGAUGAGGAAAGCAAUGAAUAGGAUAAGAGAAAAGAAGGAAGAGGGAAGGAGAAGUUUACUUCCGAGCACUGAUUAAGAGAAACGUGUCUUGGAGUA